AUGUCUGGUGUGCAAGCUUUGAGAGCCUUACGUAAAGCAUCAGCUAAAGGUGAAGCGAUCAAUUUAUAUAGCAGCGAUGGUGAUGUGACAGACUCAAUUAAGGAAGCAUCACAAGUAUCAUUUGGAAAUCAUAGUGAAACGAAGUAUGACUUGGAUCUACAAACAAAUUUUUACAACGAAGAUAAACCACAGGAUUUAAGGUCUGUAGUAUUUUGUUGGCUAUAUGAGAAACAUACAGAUCAAGAGUACAAAGCAAAAGCCAACGAACUUGGAUUUGUACCGUUUUCAAUUGUGUGUAAGUUUGAUUUACUUACUUGGUUGAAAGGUUCAAUAGACUCUUGUCAAUUCGUAAAAGAAGAAAAAAGUUCAAAUAAAUCAGUAGAUACUAUCAAAGACAUCAAACUGGAACCGGAAACUAGGAAGCAUAAAUUAGAUGAUCCACAACUACAAAGAAUAAGUGCAUUUGAAAGAGAGUCAAUAGAUCAUAAUGCAGCUUUGAGAGGUUCAAAAAACAUAGACUUUAGCUAUUUAAUAUCUGAUGCUAAAAAGUUCAUGCGUGAAUUGAAACGUGCCAAAACUGCACCAAAGAAGAGUCAAAAUUCUAAUUCUUCUAAAAAACAACCAAUAAUAAUCGUAUCACCAGCCACCACAGCAUUACUUGCCUUAUCAAACAUUAAACAAUUCCUAGAAAAUGGUGAGUAUACAGUACCUGUUACUAGCAAUAGACCACAAUCUGGAGUCGUAAUACUUAAUCAUCCUUCAGAUAAAUUAAUACCUCAAGGACAAAAAAUUAUGGUAGUAGAUAAUACAGAUCUUUUCACCAACCCAGAUUAUUGGAAUAGAGUAAUAGCAAUUUUUACUACAGGUCAAACUUGGCAAUUUUCAAAGUAUAAAUAUAACAAAGCAGAACUUCUAUUUCAAAAAUAUCAAGGUUUUUACGUAGGAUAUCAAGGCGAAUCAACCCCAAGUCAAAUUAAAGAUUGGAAUGUUCGUGAAAUUAAAGUGAAUAAAGGAGAUCAAAGAUUCAAAGAUAAAGUGAUUGUGAAAGAUCUUUGGUUAGAUUUAGAAAAAAUUCUUAUAAGUAAAGGUUAUGGUAAAUAA